AUGAAAUUAAGCACUGCCGUUGUCGUCUUUGUUGCUGUUGCUGCUUUCAUGGCUAUUGAGAUUUAUGGUCAAAGUGCGGCGUAAGUUACAGUACUCAAUAAAGUAAAGCCAAGGCGGAGGCAAGGUAGAUAAAUAGUAAGACAAGGGUGAGGCUAGGCUAAAAAUAAAUAGUGUUACCUAAGGCUAAGGCUAAAGAUAAAGCUAAGGCUAAGACUAAAGCUCAGGCUAAAGCUAAAAAGUACUUUUUUAAAAACUAAAAUCUAUGUUUAAUAAUUUUUUUAGUCAAUACUGUAACGAAGCCGUUUCUUACCUAAAAGAAAAUCAAGACCUUUUGGCCAACGCAGCCACUCGUCAACAAUAUGCAUCUAUGGCCAAGUCUCUCAUUCAAAGCAACGUAAGAUUAGCAAAGCAAUUUUUUUGGUUUUUCCUACCCUUCUAAUUCCUCGCUACUCCGCCCUAACUGAUUCAAAAAAAAGUUCAAAAAUUUAAAAAAAUAUUUUAUAAAAAAAUUCUAAAAAUGUCAUUUAGUGUGCCAGCCUGAAAAUCUGUAACACAGCCUGCGCUAACACUGCCAUCAACUGCCUGAAUGAACAAGCUGCUUCGGCAACUCUCAUCUCUAACAUUGACUCUUGUUGCAGUCAAUGCUAA